AUGAAGACGGUUUGGUCUCUCUCGCUGCACAGUCAACAUCUGGAUACUUCAAACAGCUCAUUGACCACACCACUCCGAGUCGAGGCACUUUCAACAUGCGCUACUGGGUGGAUUCCACUUUCUACAAGCCAGGAGGGCCCAUUGUCUUGUUCACACCAGGCGAAGAAGCAGCAGAUUUUAACUUACACCAAUUACCUUACGAACUCCACCAUCAACGGACAGAUUGCUCAAAAGCUCAACGGAGCUACGGUUCUUAUUGAGCAUCGCUUCUUCGGCAACUCAAAUCCGAACUACGAGAUGACGGUGGACUACCUCCAGUACCUCACCGUACAGCAAGCCAUCGACGAUCUGGUCUACUUCGCUCAGACAGUCACGCUGCCGUUCACAGGCGGUGACGCCGUCAAGCCCGACCAAGCACCCUGGGUCAUCGUUGGCGGAAGCUACUCUGGCGCACUAGCUGCAUACGCCAUGGCGAACCAACCAGAUGUCUUCUGGGCGGGCUGGAGUUCUUCUGGGGUUGUUCAAGGCAUCGUUAACUACUAUGGCUACUUCCAGCCCAUACAGGAGAACAUGCCGAAGAACUGCAGCGCUGAUGUUGCCGCCGUCAUCGCGCAUAUCGACUCCAUCGCUGAUGACACAACUGCCUUUAACGCUUUCAAGGCGCAGUUUGGUCUAUCUGACAUCACCGCGGCAUCCGAUGUUGCUGCUGCAUUACGGUACAAUCUCUUUGACUACCAAAGCCUCCAACCAUACUCUGGAACCACCGAGCAGCAGUUCUUCAAGUUUUGCGACGCUCUGGAGGUUGAUGGUGGCAAGGUCGCACCUGCCACGGGGUUUGGGUUGAACCACACGCUAAGUGCUUGGGGUUCGUACUUGACGAAUACCUAUCUUCCUUCAAUCUGCGGCGACGAUGAUAUGGAGACGUGCUUAGGGACACCACCACCGGACUCGGAGUACUACAGCAAUGACUACACUCCAAAUUCAGCGCGCGCUUGGGCAUGGAUGACUUGCAACGAGUUCGGCUUCUUCCAAGACUCGCCUCCCACGGGCCAGACGGCUAUCGUCUCGCGUCUGGUGCAACCCAGCGCUGACGAGCUCAGAUGCCAGUACAUGUUCCCGGAAGCGUUCUCAUCGCCGCCAGUACCCAACGUACAGCAAACGAACUCGGUUUUCGGGGGCUGGAACCUGAAUGUACCCCGCCUCUUCUUCGGAGCUGGGUCGCGUGAUCCAUGGCGUGAGGCCACCAUGGCUGCGGAAGGCGUCACCCCACCGAACGUCGACCCGUCCAACAUCGGCCUCAGCGACGGUAUGCACUGCUCCGAUCUGCUCACACAGGCAGGUGCUGUUGACAGCACCGUGCUUGCUGUGCAACAAGCCGGUCUCGCCAAGAUCGAGCAAUGGGUCAAGGAGUUCGUGCCGGCGUCCAAGAAGCGCUCCGUCGAACGCGGCUACGGGUAUCCUGUGCACAAGGCAUGA